GUGGCGAUCUCCAUACGUGAGUGCGCGCGCGUGUUUUUGUGGUUGUGUGUGGGAUUGUGUGUGUGUGUGUGAGUGUGUAUAUACACUAUAUCCCUUAUGUCCCUUCCGCUCUUUAUCGUAAACAAAAUUAUCGGUUUUUUCCGCUGUCCUCAAAAUUGUACCAGGAACCGAAACAGAGAACAAUUAUCUUACACCGUUUGAUCAUCGGCCGGCAACCCGUGUGCCUCGCGUAUUUGGACUAUAGUGUGACGAGCACAGAAGGCCGAGUGCCGGUAACAUUUCGAACGAUACACGAAAUCGAAGCUCCGUGUCGAAGGGACCGCCGAGAUGUCUUAAUUUACGUUGACACUGUUUCAGUGUGGUACACUUAUUUACAAAGCAAUUCUUCAUUUGGCUGACGAUGUGCUCGAGCAGCUCUUGGCAAGCACUGGUCACCACAGUGUUGGCCUGUUCAGCAGUCUGCGCGUUCGCUUCUGGCGCCAACUUCUCCGCAUUUCCAUUUAUCCAAUAUUUGACACAGCCACCGUCGUUGACAGUGAAGCCGAGACCGCAGCACGCGAAGAGCAACGCUGUGGCGUCAUUCUACUGCGGCGCGCGUGGUGACCCUCGGCCGACCAUCUACUGGCGGAAGAACUUGAAAAAGGUGUCAGCGUCGCUGAGCAGGUAUGAGAUCGUUGACAAGGUGGUCGGCGACAGCGAGACGGGCUCGGUGCUGCGUAUCGAGCCGACCAGGGCGCACCGGGACAACGCGGUCUACGAGUGUUUCGCCGAGAACGGUGUGGGCGACGCAGUCAGCGCGAACGCCAAGCUAGAAGUGUACGACGAAAAAGAUUUACCACCCGGUUUCCCGGUGAUCACCGAGGGUCCGGGCACUCACAAAUCUAUUGAAGUGGGCCAUAACGCUGUGUUGCAGUGCACCGCCACCGGUAAUCCGCAGCCGAGCAUCUAUUGGCUUCGUGAUAAUAUGCGACUGGACUUGGACACGAACCCGAGAUACUCGAUUCUCGACAAAGGAUUUCCAGGUGCUUUGCAGAUCAGYGACAGUCAGGAAACUGACCAGGGAAAAUACGAAUGCGUGGCAGAAAACACAGUAGGCACACAACACGCUACGACCAUGCAACUUUGGGUCAGAGUUCGUCGAGUGCCACCGCAGUUUUCCAUCCCUCCGCCCACUAUGGAGAAAGUAAAAGUCGGCGAAAACAUCAGCAUACCGUGUGUGGCCGUCGGUUCACCKAUGCCGUACGUAAAAUGGCGCCGAGGAAAGACAACGGAACUCUCGCCGGAAGACAAGUUGCCCGUGGGCCGGAACGUGUUGAACUUGACAAACGUUGAGGUUUCCGAUAAUUAUACGUGUAUCGCAGCCUCGUCUCUGGGCAUGAUUGAAGCGACGACUUUCAUUAAAGUCUUGACACUGCCCAGUCCGCCUAUCGACGUCAAAGUGUCGGACGUGACGUCCACGUCGGUCAAGCUGAGCUGGUCGCACCCCAAUCCGGACGACAUACAGUACUACACGAUAUCACACAAACCCAGGUCGGCGUCUCAGUCGCCGGGCGUCAUCAGCGGCGUGGUCACCAUGUACUACACCAUACGGCCGCUCAGCCCUUACACGCAGUACGAGUUUACUAUAUCGGCCGUCAACGGGUUCGGUCACGGGCCACCGUCGCCGCCCAUCGUGGCCACCACCGGAGAGACAGCGGGCCUAUCUGCUUUUGGUGAAGGUGCAAAGCCCGGAUCCGCUCCACGGAAUAUUCAAGUGCGUUUGCUCAGUUCGAGCACGAUGGUCAUACAAUGGGAAGAACCCGAGACGCCAAACGGUCAAGUGAUUCGGUAUAAGGUCUACUACACUGUGAAUCCGGACCAGCAGCUGUCGUCGUGGAAUACCAUGGUAGUCGACAACAAUCAGCUGACCACUAUCAACGAACUCACACCUUUAUCCGUUUACACCAUACGAGUGCAGGCAUUCACUAGCGUGGGACCCGGCCCCCUAUCUUCGCCGGUUCAGGUCAAAAUGCAACAAGGAGUGCCCAGUCAACCAAGAGACCUGCGAGUGAAUGAAAUCGGUGAAACGUCUAUUGGACUCCAAUGGGCUAAACCCAAUCAAGUCGGCGAACAAAUUCUCAGCUAUGAACUCUACUGGAACGAUACAUACGUCAAGGAAAAACAUCAUCGGCGCAUCCCGGUAUCGGAGAACUACUCGUUGACCGGACUUUAUCCAAACACGCUAUACUACGUCUGGCUGGCGGCGAAAUCACAACGCGGCGAAGGGGCGCCAACGCCUCCAAUCCAGGUCCGGACCAAACAAUACGUGCCCGAAGCGCCACCGCAGAAUGUAACCGCCGAGGCCGUCAGCCCCACGUCGAUCCUGGUCCAGUGGCAGCCUCCGAUGUCCGACCGUAGCAACGGCCAGAUAAUCUACUACAAGGUGAUGGUCGCGGAGAGCGGUAUGUCCGACUCGGAAGCAGAACCUUACCGGGUGGAGAACGUCACUGCCUACACGCUGGAAGGCCUGAGACGGUGGACCGAGUACAAGAUUUGGGUGCUGGCUGGCACGUCCGUCGGCGACGGUCCGUCCUCUUUCCCGUUAACGGUUCGCACACGCGAAGACGUGCCAGGACCUCCUACCGACGUCAAAGUACUGCCAGUCAACUCGACGACGAUACACGUGCAAUGGCGACCACCCACCGAAGAGGACCGACACGGCAUCAUCAGAGGUUAUCACAUACACGUUCAAGAAGCCAAGCCUGAGGGCAACGCGCUGCUCAACGAACCGCUGAGAUUUGACGUCACGGACGCAUUGGAGAGCAACGUUACCGGUCUGCAACCAGAUACCCUGUAUGCGAUCCAGGUGGCGGCCAUCACUCGCAAAGGCGACGGCGAUCGCAGUUAUCCUGCCAAAAUCAAAACGCCAGGCGGCGUACCCGUCCGGCCCGUCGUCAACCUCAAGGUUUUGGAACGAGAACCCAAAGUCAACAUCGAACUAGAAUGGACCAGGCCGACGAACACGUACGGGGAACUGUUGGGGUACAAAUUGCGUUACGGGAUUAGGGGACAGGAAAUGUUCGAGAUCAUGAUGACCGAGAACAAAAGGCGCAUCACCGAUUUAGAACGUGGCGUUGAGUACGAAUUUCACAUAUCCGGUCAAAACCAAGUGGGCUUUGGCCAAGAAGCCACAGAAUACUUCAACACUCCCGAAGGUCCACCGACCGGUCCGCCGAUAAACGUGUCGUAUGAAUUUCAGACACCCGACGUGGUCUGUGUCGUGUGGGACGAGCCGUCUCGCGAACAUCGCAACGGACAGAUAAUCCGCUACGAUGUACAGUUUCACAAAAAAAUCGAUCAGUCUACAAUCACACAUAGAAAUACCACACUGAAAAAGGCGGUAUUUUCUGGACUAGAGGAGGGCACUGAAUAUGUUGUCACCGUUAGGGCAGUGACUGCUGAAGGUGAAGGGCCGUGGAGUCCACGUAUGACCAUAAACACCACCAGAGAAAUGGUUCGUGCUCCUAUGGGAGUUAAGGCUGUAGCAACAUCUGAUCAAAGUAUACAAGUGUGGUGGGAAGCCGUCCCAGUGCGAGUAAAAAUCAACGGUUAUCGUAUUUACUAUACAAUGACGGCAGUUGAAGAUCUUAACCAAUGGAAUAUAAAAGAUGUCCCGGCCACUGAAUCCACAGAUCUUGCUAAUCUUGAAAAAAUGGCACAGUAUGCAAUAGCCGUGGCAGCUCGCAUAGAUAAUGGUUUUGGAAGACUGUCUGAGAAAAUCACUGUCAUUGUAAAACCAGAUGAAGUACCAUUAAACUUGCGUGCAUCAGAUGUAAGCACCCACAGCAUGACUUUAUCAUGGACUCCGCCUAUCAAAUUAAAUCCAAUCGGGUACAAGAUCUCGUUUAAUGCAGUUAAAGAGUUUAGAGAUUCGCAGGGCGUAACCCAGUUACAAAUGGUACCAACUCGAAUAAUAGAGUUAGACAAAUAUGUUUUGAGCCAUACAAUUGAUGAAUUAUCGCCAUUUAUAAGCUACGCUGUAAAUGUUAGUGCUGUACCAUCUGACCGUAGCUAUAGACCCCCUUCAAGAAUUACAGUUACCACUCAAAUGGCCGCUCCACAACCAAUGGUCAAACCUGAUUUUUUCGGUGUUGUAAACAUGCAGAAAAUUCACGUUAUAUUGCCUCAAGCAUCUGAAGAAUAUGGUCCGAUUUGUCAUUAUUAUGUAGUAGUUGUUCCAGAAAAUCCAGACACUGCACUUAUGAAUCCGGAUGAGUUUUUAAAUCAGAAACUUGUUGAAAUUUCCCAACAAGAAAUAUUAGCUGAAGGUGAACCAUACAUUGCAGCUAAAUUCCCUCACAGAACCAUACCAUGGACCUUUUAUCUUGGCAAUGGUGAGACAUAUGAUGGAUUCCUCAAUCGAAAACUAGACCAAAAUGUGAAGUACAGAAUAUUUGUUCGAGCAUUUGUUGACACCCCACAAAAACAUUUAUACACAUCUAGUCCAUUUUCUGAGCCUAUAUCGUUGGAAAUGCGUGAGGUCGGCCCUGAAGAAGUACCCAAGCGACCUGAGUUAAGAGAUAUGAACCUGCCUACUAACACAGGUUCCAGUGGAACAAUAAAUGACCAUGUGAGUGUCAGAAGCAGCGCUACUCCACCUGGUUUAUUAUGGUUGGUUGGACCUGUAAUCGCUGCAAUAUUGCUGACUGCUGCAUUAAUAUUAUUGUUUGUGGUUAAGAAGCGCCGCCGGCCGAGCAAGUACGGCGAAACGUCGGGCGUGACGAAACCGCUGAUCGGCAACUCUCACCCGAACAACGACCCGGUGGAACUGCGCCGGUUGCAGUUCCAAACGCCGGCAAUGGUGUCGCACCCGCCGGUGCCCAUCAACUACCUGGCGCAGCACAUCGACCAGCUGAAGGCCAACGACAACUUCAAGUUCUCGCAGGAGUACGAGUCGAUCGAGCCGGGCCAGCAGUUCACGUGGGACCACUCGAACAUGGACGUCAACAAGCCGAAGAACCGGUACGCGAACGUGAUCGCGUACGACCACUCGCGCGUGGUGCUGCAACCGCUUCCGGACGGCACGCCGGGCAGCGACUACAUAAACGCCAACUACUGCGACGGUUACCGGAAGCACAACGCCUACGUGGCCACGCAGGGCCCGCUGCCCGAGACGGCCGGCGACUUUUGGCGCAUGUGCUGGGAGGUGCGCACGUCCACCAUCGUCAUGAUGACCAAGCUGGAGGAGCGCACGCGGGUCAAGUGCGACCAGUACUGGCCGGCGCGCGGCUCGCAGGUGUACGGGCCGAUCACGGUCGCGCUCGUCAACGUCCAGGAGCUGGCCACGUACGUGGUCCGUUCGUUCCACCUGACUCGAAACGGCGAAACGGAGACGCGCGAGGUGAAGCAACUGCAGUUUGGCGCGUGGCCCGACCACGGCGUGCCCGACCACCCGGCGCCGCUGCUGCAGUUCAUGAAGCGCGUGCGGGCCGUCAACCUGGUCGAGUCCGGCCCGGUGGUGGUGCACUGCAGCGCGGGCGUCGGCCGCACCGGUUGUUUCAUCGUAAUCGACGCCAUGCUGGAACGGGCAAAGAACGAGCACAGUGUGGACAUUUACGCGCACGUCACGUGCCUCAGAGCCCAGCGAAACUACAUGGUCCAGACCGAAGAACAGUAUAUAUUCAUACACGACGCUCUCUUGGAAGCCGUCACGUGCGGCGAAACGGAAGUGUCCGUGCGAAACUUACCCAUGCACAUUCAACAGUUAUCCCAAAUGGAUGUUGGAACGACCGUCACCGGAAUGGAACUCGAAUUCAAGAAAUUAACAUUGGUCAAAAGCGAAUUCUGCCGAUUCGUCAGCGCCAGUUUACCAGUGAACAAGCCGAAAAACCGUUUGGUGCAUUUGUUGCCGUAUGAGAACACCCGGGUGUGUCUAAGUGGUGGAUCGUCACGUGGCAUGGAAGGGUCGGACUACAUAAACGCCAACUUCAUAGACGGGUACCGGCAGCGAGGGGCUUACAUCGCGACCCAGGGACCGCUGCAGAUCACCACUGACGACUUCUGGCGCAUGCUGUGGGAACACAACUCCACCAUUGUGGUUAUGCUCACCAAACUGCACGAGUUGGGAAGGGAAAAAUGCUACCAGUACUGGCCGUCUGAACGAUCUGUCCGGUACGACACGUUCGUCGUCGAGCCAAUAACCGAAUACAACAUGCCGCAGUACAUACUUAGGGAAUUCAAGGUGACCGACACGAUCGACAACGGUUCGCGGACCGUCAGGCAAUUCCAGUUCACCGACUGGCCGGAACAGGGCGUGCCCAAGUCGGCCGAAGGAUUCAUAGACUUCAUCGGACAGGUGCACAAGACGAAAGAGCAAUUCGGCCAAGAAGGUCCGAUCACCGUCCAUUGCAGUUUGUAUUCACUGUAA